UACAACCGAACGACCUCAGUUUUCAUUUCUUUUUUUCUUUUUUGUUUCUUUCGAAAUUUAUCAAUCUAGCUUUACCUCAAGCACAAAAAUACACCAAACAUAACCUUCUUUCGAGAGGUCCUAAUCACAUCAGUAUCGGAAAAUAAAAAAUGUUUCGUCGACUGAUUCUCAAAAAUAAGUUAAAUACCGACUUGACACAAUUUAGAAAUGUGUCCAAGCCCUCCACAAAGAUGAAGGAAAGCCCUGGGGAGAGGAUGCAGGCCUGGCAGAUUCACUCUUACGGGGAUACGAAAGAACUGAAGCUGUCAAGUGCCCGGAUGCCGGUCAUCUCGAGACCCACUGACGUCCUUGUGCAAGUUGAGGCUGCCAGUGUUAAUCCCAUUGACGCUGCAAUGCUUCACGGCUAUGGGGCAAAAGUACUGAACCUAAUGAGAACAGCGAGAAAUAUGAAAACAGAUAUUGAAUUUCCCCUCACAAUGGGACGAGAUUUUUCCGGAGUUGUCGUUGGAAAAGGACAUGGAAUUCCCGAUGAUAAUCUCAAACUGGGGGAUAAAGUAUGGGGGGUGGUACCUGUGGAGUGCCAGGGCUGUCAUUCCACUCAUGUCGUCGUCGGCAAAGACUUGGUACGUGUGAGACCAGAAAAACUAUCCUACAUCGAAGCAGCGAGCAUAUUAUACGCAGGUUUGACCGCCUGGUCGGCAUUAUGGAUCACUGGAGGAUUGUGCUACAAGACUUCUCUCCCAACGAUUUUGAAUAAGAGGAUAUUGAUCCUGGGGGGUUCUGGAGGGGUGGGAACUCUGGCGAUUCAGCUGGCCAAGGCCUGGCACAUGCAAGUCGUCACCACCUGCAGCAGUGAUGCUGUUAAUGUGCUGGAAAAUUUGGGGGCUGAUGUUGUUAUCGACUACAAGGCUGAGGAUUCUGACCAAUUGGUCAAGAGCGAAGGACCAUACGAAAUUAUUCUGGACUGCGCCAACCAGGGCCCAGACCUGGUAAAACAGAAGGGAUACGAUUGUGGCAGCUACAUAACCCUGAACUCCCCCCUCCUGAGGAACAUUGACGAGCUGGGCUACGUCGGAGGAGCGAUUAAGAACCUCACUGAUCUCUUGAAAUACAACAUUCCCCUCAAGGAGAACAAGAGCUUCGUGAAGUGGGGAUUCUUCGCGCCCUCCUCAGCAGGAAUGAGAACCCUGCAGGAGCUCGUGGAGGAUGGAAAAAUUACCUCAGUUGUGAAGAAGGUCUAUCCCUUCGAGGAACUACCCAGAGCCUACGAGAGGGCUCUACAGGGUCACCUCAGAGGAAAACUAGUCAUUGAUAUGAAGAAUAAAGGUGAAUAGAGAGCGUAUUGAAGUGAUCGCACCUCGAGGGAACUCAGUUGAAUUAUUUCAUCAAUAAAUAUUGCUGAACCUAGAGGGUUUCGAGGAAAACUCCAUAAAAAUCUCCAAAAUCGCCGGACUGACCUAUAAAUGUCAUAAGAGCUUAUUUAUAGCUCGCAAAAUUCCUCACAAAAAAUAUUUUCUGUCAUUUUUCUCCAGACCCACUAGUUCCACAAAUAUUCAUGAAACAAUUCUUCAUUAUUUUAUUCGCCUCCACUGCUUAACAUUCAACAAUUCAUAAAUUAUUUUCUUAAUAAAUUACCUAAAUCAAA